AGGGUCUAUGGGGGAGCAGUGGUGCUAGGGGGAGCAGGUUUUAGGGGCAGGGGUGACCCCAGAAGCCCUACAAGGGGAUGAGGUGUGCUAGUCACUGCUCCCUGUGAGCAGUGAAUUUCAGCACCACUCCCCAACAGCAUCACUGCCUUCCCGUGUACCCUCUCCAGGGCUCAGGGGGCCCUGGGAGUGCAGGUCAGUGAGAGCCCGUGGGCAUGGAUUGGCACAGUGGAGCUCUGAGCUCGCCUAGGUGCCCCACAAGGUUAGAGGCAGGACAACAGUCCUCUCCCAGCUGGUGAUGUGACAUAUUGAAAAAGAUUUAUCUAAAGCUGUCUUACAGGAGUGUGGAGCAGACUGUGCCAAGUUCCAGAAGAGUGAGUUGGAGCACAAAUUUAACAAGAAAGCCCUGGAGAGGCCCUAUACCUCCAAACACUCCUGGGGAAAGACUUAUGGAGAGCACAAGCGCCAUCUGGAGUUCAGUCAUGACCAGUAUCGAGAGCUAAAGAAAUAUGCAAAGGAGAUAGGCAUCUACUUCACAGCCUCUGGCAUGGAUGAGGAAUCCUUCCAUCCAACUCCCUCCUCCUGAAACACCCUGAUCCCGUCUGACAGUCUCUCAGCCACUCUGCCUUCAAGUCCUCUCCUAUAAACACAUUUUCUCCAUGAAGCCUAUAAUUCAUACUGCUUCCAUCAAAGAUGGCGGUCGAGUUUCUGCAUGAACUGGAUGUUCCAUUUUUUAAAGUAGGAUCAGGAGAUACUAACAAUUUUCCAUAUUUGGAAAAAACAGCAAAGAAAGGUCGCCCAAUGGUAAUUUCCAGUGGGAUGCAGUCAAUGGACACAAUGCACAAGGUUUAUCAACUUGUGAAACCGAUCAAUCCCAACUUCUGCAUUCUCCAGUGCACCAGCGCUUACCCUCUUCAGCCUGAAGAUGUCAACCUCCGUGUGAUAACGGCGUAUCAGUCAGCUUUUCCCGAUAUCCCCAUUGGCUAUUCUGGACAUGAGACUGGCAUGGCCAUUUCAGUAGCAGCAGUUGCUAUGGGUGCUAAAGUACUGGAACGCCAUGUGACUUUGGACAAAACAUGGAAAGGAAAUGAUCACCAGGCAUCCCUGGAGCCGAAUGAACUGGCAGAAUUAGUGAGAACAAUCCGUCUGGUGGAAAAGGCAAUGGGGUCUCCAGUCAAACAGCUCUUGCCCUGUGAAAUGGCCUGUAAUGAAAAGCUGGGGAAGUCUGUGGUGGCAAAAGUGACUAUCCCUGAAGGUACGGUGCUGACUCUUGACAUGCUCACAGUGAAGGUGGGAGAACCUAAAGGAUACCUCCCAGAAGAAAUUUUUGAUCUGGUUGGCAAAAAGGUCAAAACAAACAUUGAAGAAGAUGAAACAAUCACUGAGGAUGCAAUAGAAAAUCAUGUUAAAAAAGUGAAAUGCUAAAUGGAAGCAUUCACAUCUGUAUUGUUCAUAACAUGCUGUGCAGUACAGUACUGCAGCCAUACUUUUUGGAAUUAAUAGCGUGGUAGAUUAGAAGUGAAGGGAUUUAGGUAUGAGAAUCUGAACAGAAUUUCUAUUUCAUGUUGGCAAAAAGAUAUUUGCUGCAAACUUACAUGAAAUUAUGAACCCAGUUUUAUUAAAGUUGUGUAAUACUGUGUUUAAAAAAGGAUGUAAUCUUCAACAUCACCAAAGAUCCCGUUCAGAAGCGUCUUGUAUGCUGCUCAUUGUCAGGAUAUCACGGUAAUGGUUAUUUGGGUGAGAAGAUGAGUGUGUGGGUUUAUUUCAGGUUCCUUUUGGGAUGAUCUAGAUCUAAGAUGUCAAUAUGCGCAUACCAGUCUCAGUAGCACUAGCCUAGCAGAAACUUCUCUCAUUAGACAAUUAUGCAGUCAAUAUUCCCGGUAGCUUUUUUUUAAAAACACCUUUCAAUCAUUUGAUGCUAGAGCCUGGAUUACAUAAGAACGGCCGUACUGGGUCGGACCAAUGGUGACCCUAACAGGUAAUGAUCAAGUGAUAUCUCUCCUGCCAUCCAUCUCCACCCUCUGACAAACAGAGGCUAGAGACACCAUUCCUUACCCAUCCUGGCUAAUAGCCAUUAAUGGACUUAACCGCCAUGAAUUUAUCUAGUUCUCUUUUAAACCCUGUUAUAGUCCUACAUACAACACUGCUGCUCCACUGUGACAACUCAUUUGUGUCUCCCUGCUACCUUUCUGCCCCUUGGUCUGGUGCCUCCCCAUCAUCUCCUUUACAGUGAGAACUGCAGCAGCCCGUGCUCCUCGCCAACUUGUGCACUUACUAAUGCCUGCUGCUUCGCUCCUGCCUGAAGGAAGCAGGGUUAUAGGCUAGAAGAAAGGGCAGCUGUGGGCUGCAGGUCAUACACUCUUCAAUUACCUUAACUGGCGCAAUACCUUAUUAGAAUUCAUUUUAAUUAAUUGAUAGCAGAAGUCAUCAGUGAAGUUGAUGGAACUUUCUGCCUCUUAUGACUUUAGGUACCUUGGACACCUUGUCAAUAUAAGCAGAGCUGUGGGCUCCUUAACGUUUAUCUUAAACAUACUACUACAGUGGCAGGAGACUGUAUGGCCAUACAUUUAAGAUGGGAAGAGGUUGUUUCAUUCAGCUUCUUGCUUAAAUUGUCUGAAUCGUGAUUGUGAGCUUCAGUUGAUGCAGUAUGCUUGCCUUAAGAGAAGAUGAUACUAAAUGAUUG